UAAUUUUGAUGGAAGAAGAUAAUAAAGUUUUGAAUCAAGCAUUAAAGACCGCAAAGUCAACAGUCGAUUAUUUCACUUCACUAGAAAAUCUUCUUGAAUCUUGUUUCCCAACGAAAAAUGAGAGCAAAGACAUUGAGAUGAAAAUCCCUCCUCAAGAAUGCAAUUUGAAAUUUUCUGGGAACAAGACUAAAACAUGUGGGAGAGAAGGAAAAAGAAAAGCUAAGUAUAAACAACUUCCUGGUGUAAUAAAGCCCAGAGGUCCCUAUAUCAUCUUCAUGACAGAGUUUAAGCAAGAGAUCAAAGAUAAAUGAAAAGAGACUGGAUUGAACUUUACUAAACAAGCUAAACUAAAAUGGGAUUCAUUCACUCAAGAGCAAAGAGAUAGUUAUGGACUACUCUCAAGAAAUGAAAUGAAAAGGUACAAAGCAAAGGAAAGAGAACUCAACCAAAAUGCAUUAAGGAUCAUGUAA